CCCCCCCCCUCUCUCUCUCUCUCUCUCUCUCUCUCUGUCUCUGUCUCUCUCUCUCUCUCACAUAUCCUCUAUAUUCUCUGCUCUUUCUCUAUAUCUAUCUAUUCUUUGCAACUCCGUUCUGCAUAUGAAGAUUUGAUUGAACACAAGCGUUUUAGAGGGGGAGAAAGAGAAACAAUGAAAGAGAGCACAAGCGAAGAUAGCCAGAGCUCUCUGUCUUCCUCCUUUAGUGAGUAUGAGAUUGAGGUCGCCGAUAUCAUACUUAAUCUUCCGAGUCUAAUAGCCGAAUCCGAGUCUCGCAAUCGACAACGAUUCACUUGGGGUACCACGAGAAAGAGAUCUGUUAUAGAUUCAGGAACUGCUUCAGGCACGUCUCCUUCCCGUAUUCGGUCAUCACCAUCGCCAUCGCUGCAGAGGACUAGUCUGGUUCAGAAUGAAUUAGAGAGAGGACCUGAAGUCAAGGUUGAGUCCACAAGUCCUGUUACUCCUCUCUCUUUCUCUCCCAGUGAAUCGGAUGAGAAGUCCAAGAAGGCCCCUAGGAAAAACUCCAAGAAAAGGUCGAGAGAGGAGUGGUUGGAAAUUAUAGAUGGAUUGACUCAGCGCAGAGAAUUACUGAAAGGGGAGGUAGAGACGGUGAGGAAUUACUACAAUAAGCUGAAGGCUACCAAUGUGGAGUUGAAAGCAAAGAAACAAGAGCUAAGUUCUUGCCUUAAAAAAGAAACACCUCAUUUGGAAAUAAACAAAAGAUUGAAUUUUGGAAGAGAACUAGGCCAGCCCUCCUCCUCAUACAGAGUUGAAUAUGAAAACCAACCUUAUCAAAUUCCAACUGUGAUACUUCAACGGCCGUACAUCACGGAUCAGAAGGCUUUUGCAUCACAAAAAAGCGAGAGUGGUUUAGACUGGGUCAAAUUGCAAAUUGCACCAUUGUUGACACCCAACAGUGGAUUACACUGGUCCGACCAUGCUGGCCCACCAGGUAUUCCUGAUCUCAACGUCUCAGCAGAGGAGACUAUGGGGAUCAGAUCUUCCCAGCCGUUGGAUCUGAACAGAGUUCUUGCAGAUAUCAGGGCCAAAGCUGCCGAAGCUAGGAGGAGUAGAAUGAUCAAGAACAAAUUCAAAGGGACGAAGACGACUUCUUUUGACGCUGCAAGACCACCACAGUGCAGAUAAUUAUGGCUGUUUUGUUUUUUUUCUCUCUCUCUCUCUCUCUCAACUAAUAACUCUUCAAAUGAAUUUUGUUUAAUGAUAUUCAAAUUACCAAUUAGCUUAAGCUUAGAGGUAUCUGAAGUGUAAAUUAGAGAUAUUUUUGCCUGAUAUGUGUCUCUAAUGUUUAAAUAUUUGAUCACUUGAAAUAAAAAGUUGAGAUUCUCAAUUUGCUGGAGGUUGGUGGGGAUGGAUAGUAGAUGGUUUGAGAGAUUUUGGGCAUGUUUGG